AUGUUAUCUCGUGUAGUACCAGUAGUUUGUCGUGCAGCAGUAGCUCGUAAUGCACUAAGAUUCCUUAGCACGCAGACAGCGGAUGAGUUUACUUUGCAUGAAUAUAGUGAGAAGUACUUAGGCCACCGCAAGGCUGCGUUCACGGAGAAGCUAGAGAUAAUUGAUCCCGAUAAGGCACCGUCUCUUCCAAUUUACCGCGUUACCGAUUCGACUGGUAAUAUCUUAGAUGCGUCACAGGAUCCUAAUUUUGAUAAGGAAACUUCUCUGAAAAUUUACCGAUCUAUGACUCAGUUAAAUGUGAUGGACCGCAUUCUCUACGAUUCUCAGCGACAAGGACGAAUUUCAUUUUACAUGACUAACUUUGGAGAAGAGGGAGCACAUGUUGGAUCGGCAGCAGCGCUUAAGAAUGAAGAUCUUAUUUUUGGACAAUAUCGCGAAGUCGGCGUUUUGAUGUGGAGAGACUUUCCACUUGAUAAUUUCAUGAAUCAGUGCUAUGGAAAUUGUAAGGAUAUAGGAAAAGGCAGGCAAAUGCCCGUCCACUACGGUUCGGUUGAGCAUAAUUUUGUCACGAUCUCUAGUCCACUCACCACCCAACUACCACAAGCAGCUGGAUGCGCAUAUGCAUUCAAGCGCAAGCCCAACAAUGAUCGUAUCGUUGUUGUGUACUUUGGAGAUGGAGCAGCGUCAGAGGGGGAUGCGCACGCCGCAUUCAACUUCGCUUCAACUUUGGAAUGUCCGAUCAUUUUCUUCUGCCGUAACAAUGGCUAUGCCAUUAGCACACCGACAUCAGAACAGUAUGGUGGUGACGGCAUUGCUGGAAGAGGCCCCGGCUACGGUUUACACACUAUCCGGUCAGAUAAUGGCAUUAGGAGAUGUUACAAGCUCCGAUUGUUUGCUUUUGUUGCAGUGUUGAUGGAAAUG